CCGUCAAUGGCACUAGUCGUGCACGUCACCUGUCUCUACCAUGUAGCUAGAAACGCUAACACAGCUCGAAAUUCAACUCAGACGACCAGCAUUGAGGUCGCAUCUAUUUUUCGAUUAGUCAAAAUGAAACUGCAUUUCAAAGAUGUUUGUUACAGCUCGUAAUCCCAGCCGUGAGCCGCUGAAUGCAAAAGUGACCGUGUGAAUUGAAGCGCAUUAGCUAGCCGGCUAGCUGGGUUUACCUUUAGCUGAGCUAGUUGACACAAGCUAAUAUCAAAGACGGUCAAAAUAUUUACAUGUUUAACGAGUGGGCUCAAAAGAAAAAAGACACAUUGACGGCUGCUCGGAACGUGGCGUUUUUCCGGAGGAUCAAGUUCUACGUGGAAAACGGCUCGGACGGAGAAAUACACGCACCAUUUUAUCAAAAUUCCUGUUUUGAAGGUGGCCUGAGCCAUGGGGGCGUUUUUGGAUAAGCCCAAAACUGAAAAGCACAAUGCUCACGGAGAGGGGAACGGCCUGCGGUUUGGCCUCAGCAGCAUGCAGGGAUGGAGGGUGGAGAUGGAAGAUGCACACACUGCUGCUGUAGGCCUACCACAUGGUCUGGACGACUGGUCUUUCUUUGGCGUCUAUGAUGGUCAUGCUGGCUCGCGUGUCGCUAACUACUGCUCCAAACACUUAUUGGAACACAUCAUCGCUGCAGGAUCAGCAGAUGAACUGCGUAAGGCCGGAGCUCCAGCACCUGAGACGCUAGCCAUAGAGGCAGUGAAAAGAGGCAUCCGCGCCGGCUUCCUGAGAAUUGACGAACACAUGCGCAGCUUCACGGACCUGCGGAAUGGCAUGGACAGAAGCGGCUCAACUGCAGUGGCUGUGCUGCUGUCUCGUGAACAUCUGUACUUCAUUAACUGCGGGGACUCACGGGCCCUUCUCUGCCGCAGCGCUCACGUCUGCUUCUCCACCAUGGACCAUAAGCCCUGCGACCCUCGGGAGAAGGAGCGUAUACAGAAUGCAGGUGGCUCUGUGAUGAUCCAGAGGGUUAACGGAUCACUGGCUGUAUCCCGAGCACUGGGGGACUAUGACUACAAGUGUGUAGAAGGCAAGGGCCCUACGGAGCAGCUCGUGUCACCAGAGCCUGAAGUAUUUGAGAUUGCUCGGUCGGAUUCGGAGGAUGAAUUUGUUGUGCUGGCAUGUGACGGUAUCUGGGAUGUGAUGACUAACGAAGAUCUGUGUGCUUUUGUGCGAUCGAGGCUGGAGGUAACGAACGACUUGGAGAGAGUGUGCAAUGAAGUGGUGGAUACCAGUCUACACAAGGGAAGUCGAGAUAAUAUGAGUAUUGUAUUAGUUUGUUUGCCAAAUGCACCCAAGGUGUCAGAGGAUGCAGUAAAGAGAGAUGCAGAGUUGGACAAGUAUCUUGAGUCACGUGUGGAAGAACUCGUAGAGAAAGCAGGGGAAGAUGGUGUGCCUGAACUGGCACAUGUCAUGAGCAGCUUGUCCCAAGAAAACAUCCCUAACCUCCCACCAGGGGGUGGCCUUGCCAGCAAACACAGUGUUAUUGAGACAGUGUACAACCGGUUGAACCCCCAAAGAGAAGAGGAUGGUAGCGGUGCUGAUCUGGAGGACCCCUGGUAGUCAAUUCCACCUGAGGAAAGAGCCGCGCUUCUACACAAGACAUCAGUCUUUCUUUUGUUCCAGUGAAAGCAGGAGAUUCAGCGGACAGUCUUUCAAGAGUCACAACCCAAUGAAAACACAGUACAACCAAAAGCAUUAAACUUUUUUUCUAAUACAUGAGGGAAUGAACGGGAAUUCCUGUUUUAAAAACAAAACACAAAAAUAACAAAACUACACACUGUACAUUAAAAAAAAAAAGGAAAAAAAUAAUUUUCUCACUUUUUUUGUGGUGGCUGUGGGUGUUCAUUUUGAAACUGCGGAGGAUGUUUUGUGGGACGGAACCCAUGUAUGUGCUGUGGUGCCUUUUCAAGUUGGCUGCGAAUUUGAGUGUGGUUUGCUAAUGUCGGAUACGCAGAGCCCAGGAUACAAUUGAAAACUUGGCAUUGCAAGACCACUGCAGCCCCUCAUCUGGGGUUACGAAUCAUCACUGGGUUUAAUGGAGGAAUAUAAUUGACUGACAAAUGCGUGUGGAACAUAAAUUGCUUCAUUACUACAUAACCUGCGUGGAGAGGAUUGAAGCUUGUCGGCUUUUUUGCAGCUUCCCUUCCUCCUCGUGCUCUGACUGACCUUUAGGUAGAACCUCGGACUUCGUUUUUGCAGGUUAUCACUUGAGUGGUUGUCAAAAAGCUUUUUAAUCCUGCUGUUUUAGAGAAUAUAGAAUAUAUAGAGAUAAAUAUAUAUAUAAAUUCAUAUAUAUAUAUUUUUUAUUUUUCCCAAGUUUGACGUUCUUGUGGCUUAACGUGUGAAGCAAUAGAGUUGCGUUGGUGGCGACUAAUGGAUGAGCGUGCCACGUUGUGUGAAUUACUGAGAUUGUUCAUGUACUCGUGUUUCCCAGCCACCCAGGAUUUGUGGGCGAUGUUGGCUAAAAGGGAUUGUAACUGCCCGCCAAAGCCACGCUGCUUUUCUCAACUCCCUGUUUGUAUUAUAUCCCAGUCUUCUCUCACUUUCACAACGCUGAUGUGAACUUACAGCAAACAUGCCUUUUUCUUCUUUCUGUCCUUUCUUCUUUUUUUCCUCCAGAGUAGGGCUGGACGAUUUGCGGAAAAUAUCUAAUUGAGAUUUUGCUGACUUUCGAUGCGAUUUUGAUUUUGUAAAGCUAAGCUUCAGCUCAAUUUUGCAGCACACACUUGAAAUACAAAGAAAUACGAAGCUUUAGAAACUACAUGGUUGAUUGUUUGGUUGAUAAUAUGUUAAUAAUUUUAUUUUUAUGAUUCCAAACACACAAUGUAUAGAAUGACAACACACUCAUACAGUAUACAUACUAUAUAUAGUACACACCAUAAUUCUGAAUAUUUUUUAUCCAUCUUUCAGUGAAUAUAGAUAAUAUAUAUUAGUUUUAUUAAACAAAUUGAGUGUUCACCUAACAUCUUUAGGCAUAGAAAGAUGACAUUUAAAUAAAUAUAUAUUCAAAAAUAUUGAAAACAAAAAACUUUGUGCCUCUUGAUUUUUAAAAAAAAAAAAUUCUCGUUAUUCAAAUUUGCUUUAAUAUUUUUCUGUAACAUUAAUUUGGGUUUACACACGUUUCUGACAUUUAUCAUAAGUUAUUUAGUUUUAUUUGCUCCAGAUUUUGUUCUGGUACUGACUAAUCUAAUGGAUAUGCUCAAAUAAAAUAUUGUGUUGCAUCCUAUAGAACAUUUAAGUUUAAAAGAUGUGAAGGGUGUACUCAUUUAUGCUGGGCACUUUAUAAAUAGUCUGUGUGUAUGUAUAUUGCCAAGGGUUUGAACAAUUUUGGGAUUGACAUGUAUAUUAUAGUAUUAUAAAAACUAAACCGUUAACAUGUUAUCAACCAAACCAAUCUACUUUUUCUUCUUAUGAGACAGCUUUGUAAAGCUUGACAUAUUUUUGAUUAUUAUUGCUAAAAACCGAUAACCUGUCGGGUGUCUGAAUAUUUAUCACAUUGUCUGCCGACAUCCCACCCUGCAAAAACCCGACUUCACCACUGCACAUCCACUGAUAUGAGCUGCGAUGUGAUGAGAAUCCCAAGUCAGUCUGUUCAAGAGUAGAUGAGUUUUAAUGUAUCUGUGCCAAACUUAUUCUUAUUUCUAGUAAAAAAAAAUCUGGAAAAUUUUGGAAAUUUUCCAUUGUGGAAACUUACCAGGAGUUUAUGGGAAUUUACAUGCUUUUAUGGUAAUUAUUUAGAAAAUUGGGGAAAUGUGUGUGUAUAUAAACUGUAUUUUGUAUAUGUACUUGUAUUUUGUUUGGUUAUAAGCUGACAUGCAUGCAAACUUAUACAGAUUUAACAAAUCUGUGUUUGUAAGGUUUUAAAAAUGACAUUUUUCUAUUUGAUUUAAUUGCGAUUUGGAAUUUUAAACUUUCUGAGAUGAAAUAUAUCCACAAAUGGGAUAUGUUGGCACUUUUCUUUAAAAUAAGUGUAUAGAAGUUUCUUUAGAAUGAAUGUGGCUUCGCUAUGAAGUAGAAUUUUCCUUCCCACGGGCAUUUGAUUGAUGAAUGUGCAUUAAAUUGAACUGAAAUUGAAUUAAAUGUGGUUGUUUUAA